ACUCGCUCCGGUGGUCAUGUCUUUUCACUUCUCAGCUCUGGCCCUCCUGGCCCUGACCCUCACCGUGCUCCUGGCGGCCAGUGAGGCGUCCAAGGUGGCCAGAUUGCACCGGAUUGCGAUCCACCGAUCGGCGAACUUCAAGCGCAGCCAGAAGGCAGUUGUGGCGGAGAGGGACUUGGUCCAGACCAAGUAUGGCCAGAACAAGACCCAGAGCCUGAGCCAAAAGGCCAACGGAUACCCGGUGGAACCGCUGUCGAACUUCGACAACUACCAGUAUUACGGGAACAUCAGCAUCGGCACUCCGCCGCAGUACUUCAUGGUGCAGUUCGACACGGGCUCCUCGAACCUCUGGAUCCCGAGCACAAGCUGCACGAGCGCGGGCUGUGCCGACCAUCAGACGUACAACCAGACCGCCUCCAGCUCGUACCAGGCGAACGGAACCUACUUCUCGAUCACCUACGGAACGGGCAGUGUCUCCGGCUACCUCGCCGUGGACUCCGUCUCCGUGGGCGGCCUGACGGUGGCCAGCCAGAAGUUCGGACAGGUGUACACCGAGAUCGGCACGAACUUCGUGGACGCCCUGUUCGAUGGCAUCUUGGGCAUGGGCUUCCCGGCCCUGGCGGCGGACGGUGUCGUUCCCGUCUUCCAGAACAUGAUCAACCAGGGCCUGGUGGCGAACCCCGUGUUCUCGUUCUACUUGCGGGACAACGGCUCCACCGUCAACUACGGCGGCGAGCUCAUCCUGGGCGGAUCGGAUCCGUCGCUCUACCGCGGCGGCCUCACCUACGUCCCGGUGAGCCAGCCGGCCUACUGGCAGUUCAUCACGGACUCCAUUAAGAUCGGAAGCACGGUGGUCAGUGUGGGCGAUGCGGCGAUUGCGGAUACGGGAACCUCCCUGAUUAUUGCCCCCCAGGCGGAUUUCGACACCAUUGCCGCCAUCUUCUCGGCCGACUCGAAUGGUGUGUUCUAUUGCACUUCGACAAAGUCCAUGCCCGACCUGGUUAUCAACAUCCAAGCCGUGGAAUUUAGGAUCCCGGCCAGCUACUAUGUCGAGCGGGAUGGUAGCGAGUGCCAGUUACUCAUUCAGUCCAUUAACCAGAACUUUUGGAUUAUGGGCGAUGUGUUCCUAGGACGAUUCUACACGGAGUUCGAUGUGGGAAACCAGCGACUAGGAUUCGCUCCGGUCAAUGGUGCCUUUUCCCUAUCACAAAUCGGUCUGUGGAAGAUCCUGGCCUUGGUUAUGGCCUUUAUGGCGGGUCUUUGGUGGUAGGAAAGUACUUAAAUAGUUUAUAAAUCUU